GUGUCAUUGAAUAUGCGCCUGAUCUUAAGGUUAAAUAUCAUAAACUAAAAUACGAUUGAUUUUACACGAUACAAACGCGUCAUAAUGGCGAUGUUUUGGUGUGCGUUAUACAAUUACAACGAAGCAAGCAGUAGCGUAUGGUAAUAUUGAAAUAUGGAGAAGAACGAGAGAAUUAUCGCUAUAACCCGCAUUCUUCCUGGACUUGAAACAUUCCUACGCGAGACCCUUGCAAACGAGAACUUGAGUGCUGAUGCAGAAAAGCAAAGACUGAAUUUCGUUAAGAAUCUUGAGGUGCUCACUACACCUCCUCAUCUCCCACCGCGACCAACGAACCUAAAGAUACAAAGCCGUUCCUCUGUUGACUCUAUAGACAGCAUUGAGAAUCAUGAAAACGAUUUCGCUUCUGUGCAGAGGAAACUUUCCAAUAUAUACUACAUGAGACGAGAUUUCGAUGAGUUAAACGAACAUUUGGUCAACGGGUACUCAACAGAUGAAUCUCACAAAAGCACCUUACGUAAGAUUCCUACCAAAGGAAGGAAAAAGAAGACGUUGGGAGAGGGAAUCUAUGAACCGUUACCUGGUAUUGUACAUGAAACAGACCAUGAAACAGAGGGAAAUGUUCUUAGUGAGGACGAGUCACGUGUCCACAACCGUACUCUAAUGCGUAGCACACACAUAAGACAGUCGCUUAGCAGAGGAAAAUGGUUUAAUAAAAAAGAGAAAUCAAUCUUACAAGAAGUAUUUGCUUACGAUCUAACGCUCCCAACAAUCUCUGGACAUCUUAUGGAAGUGAGAACAAGCAAACGAAGAUGGUGUGUACUCAAGGAUCAAUACUUAUAUAUCUUUAAGAAUCAAGAAGAGCCAGCCCUCUUUCAGAUUUCUUUGCCCGGUUGUCAUAUAUCUACUGUCCCUAAAAACGACAAAACCAAGGUCACAUAUUCAUUCAAAAUCACACAAAAUGGUGUUGCAGCUGUGAUUUUGGGUAUCGAAGAAGAAAAAGAUCUUUCCGCAUGGAUGAAUGCACUCAUCACAGCUUCUGUAGCAAAAAAUCCAACAACGACCCUUGGAAAGGCCAGUAGAACUCUUCCACGUUCUAUGUACACACCAUCAGUUGAGGAGGAGUCAGCUGAUGAAGAACUGCCCUCACGCAGGCAUACCGUGGGUUCAACUUCCACUAUCACGAAACAAUCAUAUUUUGAAAUAGACUUUGGAACGUACGAGAGACCUAUAGAUGUCUUGGGACUUGAAUCAUCUCUUGACACAGAGAAUUACAAUCCGCCUUUACCUCCACUCCCUGGGGAUAUUUCUGACUUAAUGCACCAAGGUGACUACGAAGAGAACAGACGUUUGUCAAAGUACUCUGGAAUUUAUGAAGAAGUUGGAGACGAGCUUAUCAACAAGUAUUCUAUUAAAAUGAAUGAUGAAGUUACAAACAAGAAUGGUGAUGAAGAUGAAGAUCAGGACGUCAAAAAUGAGGAGCCUAGAAACAGUGAGAAGACACAGCGAAAAUAUUCCGAAGUCGGUACAAGUGAUAGCGAGUAUUCCACCGACAAUGAUGAGAAUGAAAAGGAGUUUCACGACCGCUGGGCUUUACAUAGUGGUGUACUUUACCAAAAACGGCUCACAGGAUGGAAUAGACGAUAUUGUAAAAUAGUUGACAAUUGUCUCCGUGGAUUCAGAAACCCAAAUGACCUUUCUCCAGUUUUGGAAGUAAACCUUAGUGCUUGUAACGUUCGUGUUGCGGAAACAGAAGGAAAGAGGCGGUUUAUCUUUCAACUUAACACGGAAGAAAACGAGUCCUUGUACUUUAAUGUGGACACACAAGAUAAUCUUCAUCGAUGGAUUGAAGUGAUUUCCAUUGCAGCAACAUCAAGAUCAGAACGUUCCGCUACAAUUUCGGAAGACGAACUGGAUGUUAGCCAUGUAGAGGCUGACCAAUCAACAGUCGAUACUUCUGAUGAGCGUUUGGGUUCACAUGACAGUAUUCCUUUGCCAAUUCCAGAGAGAAAAGAGUCUUUGAGGAAAGAGUCAUUGAGAAUAGAAAUCACCAAAGAGAAAACAAGAGAAGAAAUAUGUGAAAGAGAAGAAGACUUGUCACAAGAUGGUUCUUACCGAAAAUUUAGUAGUAUUCCGAAUUCGAAGUCCAGGAGUUUUGAAGACUCUCACAAUCAAGAAAGCAAGGGCUGGGAUAGCAAGCUAAUAUGGGAGAAACGGAAUCCCACUCAGCCCACAUAUGCCACGACACCACGUGCAAAAGCCAUUUCCAGAAUGGUGAAAUCAAAACCUGCUAACGUGUCGUCUAGAACAACGAGCAAGCAAAGUCUUGAGUUCACUGACUGCUUGGAAACUUCGCCACAGCGAGCUUUGCAAUUAUCGAAGAAACACGAGUGCUUGGAAAAAUUGAAUAAAUAUUUGGACAAAGAGGGUCAGUUUAGCGGUUUCAUUUUAGAAUUGCAUAUUGCAACAAGCAGCACAACGUUGACACGACGCUGGGCGGUCGUUCAACAUGGAUUUUUGAGAAUAUACGAGAAUUACGGUUGCGCUGAACCAUUUCUCAAAAUCUCGUUAGUCGAAGCGUUUUUGAAGGACUAUACAAAUUUAACAAAAGCGAGGUUUUGUUUCAUGCUGGAGUAUGGAGCUGGACAAUCAAUCUUAUUUCAAACAAACACGCAUCAGGAAUUAAAAAAGUGGAUUAAUGUCAUCACACUGACCAUUGCGUCGUAUACCGAGCAUUUUGGAUCAGAUUGGGAUAUCACACGACAUGGAAGGACUGCAAGGAUAACACUGACAAUGCACGAGCGUACCAUAGUCACCAUUUUGGAUCAGGUUGGGAUAACACAACACGAAAUGACUACAGAAAGUGUUUCGGAUUAUUCACUUUCACUUGAAAAAUCUCCACGCUCUGGGUCCUUAGAUGAUACAGAUGGACCAAGCAGGACAUCAUCAAAUGUGCAGUCUUCUGCAAUUAUCAAUUCUCAUGGUAAUGCGCUUGAUGGCUACCAUGAUAACAAAGACCUUACUAACCCAUCGACUAUAGUUGAUAAAUCUGCCAAACAGAGUUUAAACGCCGUUAAGAGUUCUGACAGUGUGGAUGACGAUAAUUUAGUUAACUCAAACGGUCUGGAGUUACGCACUUAUAGAAGUUCUUUGGUUCACAAAGUGAAGCGCCGUGGAUUUUUAAAGAUGGAAAAGCCAUCAACCGAUGAUGUUGAGAAUUCCAGAGAAGACGUCGCUGAGCAUACUCUUCAAUAUGGUUUGUCUAAAUCCAACCAAGAUUUUGCCAGAAAAUUCUGUGAACUAAAGAGAACUUUAUUUAGCGUUUAUGACGACGAAAAGUCUGAAAACCCAAACCUUGUUUUUAACCUUCUUCAUGACAAAUAUUGUGAAGACUCUAGUACACCAUUUUCUUUCUUGCUCAAGUCCGAGCGUUUGGGAACAAUAAAGUUUAGUUGCAACAACGAAGAAGACUUCAUUGCGUGGAAGAAGGUCUUAACAAAGACAAUAUCACAGGAAAAUGCAUUGGAGAACUCGACAAAAAAGCCUGGCAAUUGCGUCACUGAUUCUCCUAUAGUGCGAAAACGAAGCUCACUGCGCGCAAGUCUCGUUGAAGAAGAAACAAAACAUCACGAGGUUUUAAGAAGCUUGGCCCAUUCCCCUCCUCGUGUUGAUAAAAGCUCGUAUAGCUGCUACGUUUAUGAAGUUCGAGAUUCUUCAGGUAAUAAAACCAUUAUUCGCCGCUGGUGUGUUAUUGAUGUCGACCUUAUUCAAAUAUUUGAACGUGAGAACUCGAGGGAAGCCGUAGUCGAACUUAAACCGAAUGCUUAUAGACUGCACAACAUCGAGAACCCUCGUGAUCUACCGUUCGCCUUUAAACUUGAACGUCUUUCAGCUAUGGAUAGCAAUGAUGAAUUUUUAGUUAUACAAGCAUCAAACGCCAAGGAUUUCAGAGAAUUAUUAAUGCGACUCAAAUACAUGAAAUCAAAUCGCAGGAAAUUAGUUGCAUCGAAAAGCGAGACUAACAUUAACAUUCCCAAAAGACCUGCGCUCGUUCAUUCGAAAAGCGAGAUUUCUUUCAAACGGAUUUUUACAUUAGCUCGUAAAAAGUCAGUGGACAACCUCGCUUCAAGUGUUCAUAGGCAAGGUCACGACACCUGGCCAAAAGUAGUAAAAAGAACACGGAAAACUAGCCGUAGAACGUUAAGUGAUGCAAACACUGAUCAAGCUGCCAUCAAAUCCGUUAUCAAGAACACGUGCGACAAAACUGACAAUAGAAAUUCACUGGGUAGUUUUAUUUUAGAUUCAGAGAGGAAAAUGAACGGAUAUCUAAAUGUCGUGCGAAACAGCGAACUUUGCCGAAGUGAGGUGAGAAAAUGGUGCGUUGUAAAAAAUUAUACGUUUGAAAUUUUUGACGAUAAAAACUCGAAUUUACCAUCUACUGUAAUGAGCCUUGAGAAAGACGUAGAAUUGAUUGAUCACAGUCGUAUGGAUGAAAACACAUUUGAAAUACGCGCCACCUCAAAGUGUCACGUGUUUCGAGCAGCUGAAGACUUUGAAAAAUGGCUUACCAUUUUGACUCAGAUCAUCCAUACUUCUCCAGAAAAUAAUCAAGAUCCUCCAGAGAGAAAUGGAUCGCAAGUCCACACGUUGAAGAGUAAUGGCAUUCAUGGUGAUGUAAAAACGGGAAAUAUACCUAAGUAAAUAUUACCAUGAUGGUAAACUUCCUGGAUGGAGAUUGUUGGGAUAGCAUAUUUGAAGGAAAAAUACAGUUGUUAAAGAAACUGAGCGAAAUACAUGCUCCAUAUCGCAUACAAAAUGGUAUUGUAUUCAAUCUUGGCAAAGAAAAGAAUGGAGUACGUUUUUAUAUUGAAAGAAGUGGUGUAUGAAAAUUAAAAAACUCACCAUUGCUCAGCUUAAACACAAUUACUAUCGUGUUAGAUAACAUCAACUUUAAGCCUACACGAAGUAUAUUUUGAAAGACUUAAGUUUGCGCUCAAAAAAAAAAAUGAAAAAAAAAUGUGUUGAAAUGACCGAAGUAACAGUUGACGCUAUUUAGCUAAUCUACAUGUUACUGUGAUAGAGUAAAUAUAUCGAAGUCUAUUAUUGAUGAAAUUUUCUUUUAUUAUUAAUGUGAUGUUUGAUUUUUAAUUUAUUUCAUUUUAUCAUUUACAUCUUACAACAAGCCAGCUCUUUGAUUUUUUUCAAAAUCCCUUGCAGUGAAAAA